UUCUAUUAUUAGUCUAUUAAGAUGUAAAAAGCAAAUAGUUGUUUCUCUAGUUUUGUAUUCAUUAUGUGGAAUUAAAGCUGAAUCAUGACAAAAGAACUUCUGGCGCUUCUGCUCAUAAGUCUAUUAUGGCUUCCAUUCUCGUCGGCAACUUGCUCUAUAUUCGGCGGAAAUUCAACAACGAAACUUUCAAACCAAUCAGGGGAAUUUAAAGGAAUGGGAAAAUUCCACAUUAACGACACCUGCACAUGGGAAUUCACCGACCCCGGUUACAAGGGCGGUGUUUUCCUUCUCAAGAUCAAAUACCUAUUUGUUCGUCACGUUACCUCAUCAAUUUGUGCCGAUGGCUUCUUUAAGCUCCCAAACGAUCAGAAGUUCUGUGAAUCGCUUACUCAGCCAGAUCAACAAAAAUGCUUCAUGUACACGACAACAUGCGGAAAAGAAAUUGACCAAGAAUGCGAAACUUUAUCAAUUUGGCCGCCCUCAUUCAUGUUGCACAUGGGCAGCGAAAGUAGUGACCGUCAAGGUCUCGAUUUUACAUACAAAUUCAUCAAUUGCUCAGCUACAACCACCGAAGUAGAUGAUGUGACUUCGUCUGGCACCACUCCUACGACCACACUGAAUGAAGAUCAACAAUUGUCUGACCUCGUGGUUCCUAUAGCGGCAGCAAGUGGCGGGAUUCUCUUUAUUGCGAUUAUUGCUCUUAUCAUCAUCUUUUGUAAACAGAGGAAAUCCAAUUCUUCCAAACCAAAGCCAGAGAAAAGUGAUCAACCCAGUAGCGGAAACGCAACCACAAAACUGAGUCAUGAGAUCGAUGUCGGUUAUGAUACUUUGCAUGCAGUUAUGCCGUCUGGCGGAGCAAGCUAUGCCACAGUGGACACAAACGACGAGGUGCCUGAAGCAAUGUACGCUACCACGAACGAAGUGAAACCGGAACCGAAAGCAGAAGCCUUGGGUAGUAAUGAUACUUAUACUGUUGUUGUAAAAACUAAAAAAAGCAAGAAAUCCGAAUUCCAGGCAUCAGAUGAGGGAUUGAACGCCACUUACAGCGUUGUUAAGAAGAAACCAAAAGCUGGCAAGACUCAAAAAUCCAGCGAUCAAAUGCAGAAUGAAUUGUACAACAUUAUAAGCAAAGAAAAACCUACCGAACCAGCUACUUACGACACUCUGUCGAAUGGAAAUCACAAGAAACCAGGAACGGAUAGCGUGGAAGGAAAUAUGUACGAUUCUCUAAAUCACAAAAACGCAAAAGAGGCACCGAAACCCACACAAGGGGACACAUACGACUCUCUUGAUCAUGGUAAAGCUCCUGAGCCUGCUGCUUCCUACGGCUCCCUCGACCAUAACGCGGCAGCCCAGCCUCAAGGAGACACUUACGACAGCCUUUACCAUGGUAAAGCUCCUGAACCUGCUGCUUCCUACGGCACCCUCGACCAUAACGCGGCUGCUAAAUCUCAGAGCGAGUACGUCGUCCUGGAUGAGAACGCAGCAGAACCUCAAGACGAUCAAGAGUCGCAACUAUACUCUGUAGUGAACAAACAAUCUAAGAAAAGACGAGCUUGAAACUUAAUUUAGAUAAAUUUUUCGUUUUCUUUUUACGAGAUAACGUAGUUAUGAAGUUUUGUUCAACAUUACACUGAAGAGUGUGUAUUUCCGACCAAAACAACCUUCCCCGUUAUUACGCCCUUACGUGUACAGUAGAGUUCGUUCUUUAUUAUUUAACCUACCGGGACUAUAUAUACAGGGUGUUAAAUAGGUAAUGCAAAAUUAACAAAAGUUAAGAUGAAAUGCUACUUAAAACAUUUAACGACCGACAUCUUUUAACAGUAUUGAAUUACGGUGAAAUGCCAUUUAAACAUUUCACGACUGACGCUUUUUAAAAGUGACUUUUUUAAGGUUGUCAUGACGAAAAUUUUGCCUUAAUUUUGCAUAACUUUUUACCAUCCUGAUAUAAUAUGAUAUUUACAUAUUAUUUACGCCAUGUUUCUUAUUUCCGAUCGAAUUUUUAAUUUCAAUGUAGUUUUAAUCUAAAACAGGGGCGGGCAAGGUUUUCUGACUGGGGGCCAAAAAUUUGGCCCAUCUAGACUGGAGGGCCACGUAAGUAUGAAGUAAAAGUUACAUUUUUGGAGAAUAUUCACAGCGUUACAAAAGCAAAAGUGGAAAACGAUAUUCCUCAUCCUCAUGUCAAAACUUAAUCGCAAUCCCAACAAAUUCCUUGAGCUAUUUUCUGCUAAAACAUUAAAAUUUGGUUUAGUUGGGUUUUGACAGCAUCAGGCGGGCCAGAUUGAAUUAACCAACGGUCCAGAUUUGGCCCGAGGGUCUUACUUUGCCCGUGUUUGAUCUAAAACCUAGCGGCUGUAUUAUUUUGUUAACUCUUAAACCAAUGCCGGCUAUUUGUUGGCCUAAUGCGCUGCCUGGCGGGUGAAUCUGACAGACAUUGCUUCUAUAAUGUAUUAUAUAGGAAAGCUUGAAACCUUUCAUUCCACAGUGCCUGGUGCACAGACCAUAAUCUCCCAUCCAAUGUAAAAACAAGUAUAAUUUAUUUGUGCAAGUUUGCUUAAACCAACGCCUCAAAUAAAACAUAAAGAGCGCUGAUGGAAGACCGAUAAGUGACUACUGACGCACUAAAAAUGAUAAAUAAUUGGUCUUCGCAAAGAAUGUCAUUAGAUUGCGGCUAACAUGAGACUUGAAAGGUUUCGAGACAAUACUGUUGAUGUU